AUGGAUGCAAACAUAGUGAAAUUCCCCAAUUCGCUUGAAUUCAUUCUUGGCAAAAAUCCAACGAAUAAGGAAGAGACUCGGGUUUUUUGGCAUAUGAUUAAGGAUUUAUUAACGGAACAAAUGUUUAUGGCGAGCGGUUUCGAGGAAGGAGGCAAGACAGUUUGUUACAAAUACAUUCCGUUGAAGGAGGGAGAAAUUGUUAGAGUUGGUUCCUUUGAAAUCAAAUGCACAGAAUACAAAGAAUUUGCAAAUGGGCAGGUUGUGAGAAGAAAGCUGGAAGUGAAAUACAGUGAUCUGAAUCCCGAAAAAGAGGUCUCAUUCACAGUUGAACACGUCCAAUACGCAAAGUCAACAGAUGGUGAUUUAUCCGAAUGUCCGAUGAAUCCGAAGAUCUUUUCGAAUCUCGUUAGAAUCGCCAGAAAAAAUAAGAAGCCAGUGAUUAUUCAUUGUCGCGAUGGUGUCAAUAGAUCCGGAGCGUUUUUUGCAGAUGUCGAGUGGUUGAUUCAGAAGUUUGGGAAAAAAACUGAGGAAGGGAAGAAGAUGGAGGAUAUCGAUUUUGUCGAUGAACUUCAGUCGUUGAGAAAAAUGACUUCCAGUUAA